ACAGUAGGCGGCUAAGGACUCGCAUAAUGCGAUGCGACAAAACUAAGAAUAGAAAGGCAAAUGCUGCGAUAAUAACACAGGACAACACAGAAUAAAAUAUUCCUGUAGUACUACUUCGAUAAAGGGAUGGAAUUGUACGCUGCUGUUCAGAAAGGAGAUAAUAACAAGGUAGAAGGUCUUUUGAUGAAAGGAGCAGACGCAAAUGCAGUUUUCGACGACGAACCAGUAUUAUUUACAGCUGUCGCUAACCGCGAAGAAUUAAUUAUUAAACUAUUGCUCGAUCACAAUGCUGACCCCAAUAGGCCUUUCGCUGCGGAUGAAGGAUUUGGGGUGAUGAUGAGAUAUCCUCUACAUGAAGCCAUAUGCCGAAACGAGAAGGAAAUAGAUGUAUGUUGCCGAAUUGUGUGUCAACUUUUAUCUAAGGGAGCUGAUCCAGAUGCCGUUGACGACUGUGGACAAACAGCAUUUCACCAUGCAGCUGCCUGCAACAAUCUUCAAAUUAUUAAAUUAUUACUGCAGUAUAAAGCUAAUCCACUGUUAGUUGAUGCUUCAGGUGAUACUGCUUUAAGUUUAUCAGCAAGUGAAGGUCAUUAUGAGAUUACUAAAUUACUUCUGGAAAAUGGCGUAAAUCCCAAUUCACCUUCAAGCGCAAAAAACGCUCUUUGCACACCACAUUCUGCAAUUAUUCAACUACUCUUAGAACAUAAAGCAAAUCCUAAUGGAUAUGUCUCUGAGGAUGACAGCAAUACAACAGUUGUCGAGUCAUUCUGUCGUUUGGGGAAGGUGGACAUUCUUACAAAAUUGGUUCAACAUGGAGGAAAGUUGACUCAACGCUGCGGGGUAUUGGCGGUUAAUAAAGCAUCUCCAAGCCUAUUGCAUUUCCUACUAGAGAAUGGUGUGAAGUUUGGAUUUGAGACGUUGGAUGCCAUUUACAAACAAGCUAAUGCUAAAGCACUUCUAAGUUUGUAUCUAAUUGGUAUUGAUCCGAAAAUUGACGAUACCAAGAUGAGAUACCUACAAGUCUUAUCUUUAAAUUUUCCCACUAUAAAAGUAGUUAGAAUGUUGGAAACAAUGAAGAGUUUAAAUAUGGAGGAGCCAUCUGUGUCGUGUAUUUUAAAACUUAAAGACAAUCCACUUAGCUUAGCAAGAACAAAAGAUGUUUGUGAAUACUUUUUAACUAAUCUUGGUAAUCCUAUGGCACUUAAGGGAUUAUGUCGCAUAAAAUUAUACGAGGUUUUGGGUAAAGAUGUAUUCUACCUAAAAUUUCCUAAUUCACCCGAAGUCGAAAGAUUUUUAAGAUUUGAGGAAGCGAUGGCAAUUGGAGAAAAGUGUUUAGCAUGCGAUGAAUGGAUCGAUGAAUGUUCUUGUGGAGAAUUUGAGGAUUAUAAUGAAAUUUAA